AUGCGCUUCCUGAAUAUGUUCGUGUUUAUUGGCGCAUUCAUUUCAUCAAUGAUCUACCCAGGCUAUCUCACUGCAUCACACAGCUUUUCGUUGCGAUCAGCGCACCCUGGUGGUGGCCGUGGGAAGGAGGAUGUACAGGCACCUGUCCCAAAGCGGGAGCGAGAUGCAGGGCAGUCUGCGGGAAUCGGACGCAAUACUUUGGACCCUCCCAUCACUCUCUCGGCAACGUCAGGGACCAAAGGAUCACCUGGUUAA